AACCACGAAUUGCAAAAAGUUCUUCAAUAAAUCGAAUCAGCUGUUAGCCGUCAAUCGAUGUCAACAAUGAACAAAUUACAUAAUUUUGUUUAGAAAAACAGUGACUAUAAAUUUUUGUGUGUGUUUAAAUUGUUUGUUGCCUUCUACAGAAAAUCAGUAAAUCUAGAAGUGUAAUAAACACGAAAAAAAUACCAAGAAUUACGAGUGAUUGUGACCAGUGAACAUUUUGUAGAAUGUAGCCAAUGAAUGUAGUCCAAUAUUUUAGAGAUAAUGGAUCGAAAUAAUAGUUUUAUAGAGUGUUCUGGAUUUUAUUUUAUACAUAAUUUCGAUUCUGGAAAUUUAGGACAUGUGGAACAGGUGCAAACUGAUUUAAUAGCUCCAUCGGUGAAUGUGAAGACCAAUUCACCUGAAACUCCUGACUAUGAAUUCAAUUUAUGGACACGUCCCGACUGCGCUGGCACAGAGUUUGAAAAUGGAAACCGGACAUGGUUCUACUUUGGGAUUCAAGCUGCAGAACCUAAUGUUCUGGUGCGGCUAAAUCUAAUAAAUCUUAACAAACAAGGCAAAAUGUACAAUCAAGGAAUGGCCCCUGUUACCAGAACAUUACCUGGAAAACCACAAUGGGAGAGGAUAAGAGAUAGACCUGUUCAUUCGACUGAUGAUAACACAUUCACUCUGAGCUUCAAGUACCGUACUGCAGAAAACCCAAAGGCAACAACAUUUUUUGCCUUUACAUAUCCAUACUCUUAUGCUGAGUUGCAAAUUGCACUAAAUGCUAUAGAUGAGAAAAUGCUCCCCUCACCAUUGCAACCAGCCCCUGAUGACAUUUACUACUGUAGAGAAAAUCUUAUAUAUUCCCUUGAAGGAAGAAGAGUUGAUUUACUGACAAUAUCAUCACACCAUGGAAUCACAACAGAACGGGAAACUAGAUUGAAAAAUUUGUUUCCAGACAAUAAAGACAGACCAUUUAGGUUUCAAAAUAAAAAAGUCGUCUUCAUAUCAGCAAGAGUUCACCCAGGGGAGACUCCAUCAAGUUUCGUGUUCAAUGGUUUUCUCAAUUUACUUCUCACAAAGAAUGACCCCAUAGCAAUACAACUGCGCAAGCUCUAUGUGUUCAAAAUGGUUCCAUUUUUAAAUCCUGAUGGUGUUGCCAGAGGACACUAUAGAACGGACACUAGGGGUGUGAACUUAAAUAGAGUUUACUUAAAUCCCUCCCUUACGUUGCAUCCCUCGGUUUAUGCGGCUAGAGCUCUAAUCAGGUAUCAUCAUUUUGGUUUCGAAAAGGAAGAUGAAAUAAUUGAAGACACCUUGACCUCUCGAAGCCUUACUUCUAUUAAUACAGAGAAUGUAGAUACAAAGAAAAAGAAAGGUCAGAGUGAUAGCUCCAAAAACGAUGUUUAUAACAAGAGGUUUAUCAAAACUACCAGCAAAGCAUCCGGCACACCUAAGUCGCUGUCGUUCAAUAAAGAUUCUAAGUUAGUGGGUGAAGACACUUCUUUAGAGGAGCAGGUAUAUGAUCUGAAGCUUCAAGAGAUGUCAGCACAAACUAGCGACACCAACGCUCAAUCAGUGGAACCGUCGCUAUUGGACGAAAAUGUACUACGGACAUGUUUGGGUACCAACAUCCAUCUCAGCACGAGCGAGGAACUUAACUUUUCCGGCAAAAAUCCCCUAAAACCCGUAAGGGAAACGUUGAAAAAUAGUAUAAGCCUUCUUAUGGAGUCGAGUACCGAAUCAAAUGAUUCAAAGCCCGAGGGAGGCAGCAGUGUGCGUAUGGGUUGGUGCCGCGACUGCCGGUCGCAUAUGCCCGUCCGAUCUGAAACUCCCGUGUACCAUACAAUAGAAGAGUACAGAGAACAUCAACGACAACAAAUUGACGAGCAAGAGGGAAAGGUGCACGACGCGGCGCGGCCGCCGCACGGCGACAACGUGUACUUCUGCACCAACUGUUACAGGAGGUACAUCGUCACACAGCCCACAGAGACAACUGAAAAGCCUGCGAAACCUUCGAGUGCAAAAAUGGAGCCUUCGAGUGGUAGUGCGGGAGACUCAGUCGACAAUGCGCCAGAAUCCAAGAGCAUAAAACCAGCAACAAAGAUCCCAAAGAAGAAAAUGGCGGCGAUCACGCCGCGACCACGUGACGUGGUGAAAGAGACUGAGGAGGACUCCGGCUUGUUCCUCUACAUUGACUUACACGGACACGCCUCGAAAAAAGGUAUAUUCAUGUACGGCAACCACUUCUCUGACGCGGAGCGGUGCGUGGAGUGUAUGCUGCUGCCGCGCAUGAUGUCGCUCAACUCCCUCCACUUUCACUUCUCCUCCUGCAACUUCACCGAGAGGAACAUGUACCUCAAAGACCGGCGAGACGGCAUGUCGCGCGAGGGCAGCGGGCGCGUGGCGGUGCUGAAGGCGACGGGUCUGGUGCGGUCGUACACGCUCGAGUGUAACUACAACACUGGCCGGCUCGUCAACGCCCUCCCGCCGCCCGUGCGCGACGCCCCGCCCCCCGCGCCCGCCACGCCCCCCGCUCCGCCCACACCGCCCAAAUACACGCCGCACAUAUUCGAAGAGGUGGGUCGAUCCCUGGGCGCGUCUAUACUCGACGUGACGGGCCAUCACCCCAACUCGCGCGUGCCGUGCUCCGAGCACCGCAGCCUCGCCGCCGUGCGCGACUGGCUGCGCGCGCACGCCCGCCCGCGCCCGCCGCUUACCGCGUCUCGACUGCGACCCAAGACCACGUCACCGUCGCGGCCCCCGCUUUUCACCCGCUCCAAGGUCGCCACCGAAGAGAGGAAGGAGAAUGCGUACGCCGGCGCCAAGAGCGACUCGGAGCGGCGCCGCAGCCCGCCCGUGCUGGCGCAGCGCUCCGGCCACGAGGCCAACAACAUGAAGUUCGCCAAGAGGAACGAGCCCGUCAAGACAUCAGCCCGCAUCAGGUACCUGGCCGAGAACGAGCCCAAGCCGAAGACGCUCAGCACCAAGCGAAAGAACAUCCUGGCGAUUCGCAAACCGAAUCCGACGAAGGCGCAGAUCGGCGGCGUCAAGACCAAAGCGAGCCGGCGGUCCAUCGACGACGACGGUCCGCGCACGUCGGCCAUCCCGAGCAAGCUGAGCAAGCGCAGCUUCGCGCGCUCCGUGCGGGCCGGGACGCGCGCGCGCCCGGUCCCCUCGUCCUCGUCCUCGGAGGUGGGCGGCUGGGAGGAGGUGGCGGGCGGCACGGUGCUGGGCACCGCCGACGCCGCGUCCGCCCCCCGCCGCCGCCCCUACCCCGCCCACUCCCCCUCGCGCCUCAAGAAGAUCCGACUGAAGAAUGUGUUGUAGCGCACACCCCGCGCACGACCCGCCGCAGCUGCUCGAAUGUGUGCCGAAUGACUAGCAUUAAUUUAUAAAUCUUUGGUACCCAAUUGAAUCUUUACACUGUUCCUGACUUUUGAAUGUGUCUAUACUUUUUCCGUAAUGAACAUCUUAAAUCGGGAUUUUCAAUCGAAUGUGUUCUAAUAAAUAGUAAUGUAUAACUAGAUUAUGGAGUCUGCAGGUACGCGUAACGCGUUACCUAUACCACGUUAAUUUUUUGAAAAAAAUUUCAAGUAGCUAGGUAUUCGAAAGAACCAUAUUUAGUCUGUUUUUACUUAGUAUCUAGGUAUUUAGUAGUAAUAUAGUUGGGACUAUAAUAUUAUUAUGCUAAAUGUUGAUGGUACCUACUUACUAUGUGUAUUUUUACUCAUCUUAAUUUACUUUAACCAAAUUGGUUUAUAUUUAUUUGUCUGAGCGAGACUGACUGUAAAAUAAU